UGACAGGCAGCAGGGGCGGGAAAAAGACGCGGGCUGCAGCGUAGAGGGCAAGAUGGAAAAGAACGGGAUGGUCCUAAUCCUUACGUCUUCAGUGGGUGCAGCAGGUAGCUUCACGUGCCGACAUGCUGCCCAGGAACCCGGGCAGUGGGAAAGGAGGCCACUCGCUAAGAAAUCUAGUGCUUUGCAGCCCUGGUUGUGCUAGUACUUAGUUUGAGCACGCAGGGUAAGCAGGAGCCAGCUAGAAGCCCUCAUUCCGUCCUGAGCUGAACACCGGUGGAGCUCAUUAUCUUUCGUCCUACUUGCUUUUAAUGUGUGAAUAGAUAAUAAUAGCAGAAAAUAGGUCUUAGCAGUCGUUUUGUUCUGCUGUAGAAAAAUCAUGGGGCUCAAAUAUCUCAUUUGUACCCUCUUUGAGCUGGUCUGUGGGUGUGGGAAGCAGCAUAAGAGCCUGGUAUUCGGAAAAUCUCCCUUUCUCUUCAGUUGUUCCCUAGUUCUAGGAAGGAGAACCUGUAUGCUUCCAGUUAUUGCUGGACUCUGAUUCCCAUCUGCCCCAGUUGGCCUAUGGUCAGGGAACAUAAGAGUUACAAUUCACAACAACUGGAACAUUACAGGCUGCUGUUGUCUGUGUUACCUUCCUUCUGAAGUAGAAAUAUAAAUGUGAAAAGAGUGAAAAUAUUAUGUAAUCAUUAUGUAAUAUAUUAUCUACAGUGACAUGAAACCAAGUUCUCCAUGGGGUUUAUUUUUGAAGUGGGAUGAUAGAAUUGGGAGUGGUAUUUCCAAAUAAGAACAUUUCUUAUUGCAAUAAAAAAGUACAGGUGCACAGUCCAGUUCAAUCUGAGGUCCAAAGGGCCCUUUAUAAGGUCCCAGUUCUGCAAUCAUUGUCAAUACAUGACUCCCUGCUUACAGAGUGAAUUCACCUACUGUAUCUUAAACCUCUUUAGAGAGAAUAGCUUUCCCCAGCCUUUGCCUUCCUAGUGUAUUGAUACUUCAACUCACAGACUUUCUAACCAAGAUGGCUGGAAUUCUGAGAGGCACAGCUCCAUAAGACCUUGGCAGCUGUCCUUGAACAUAACAGUUCUUUUAAUUUUGCAUUUUUAAGGGAAGUACAUUUGGGAGGAAUGGUUACUUGAAAAAAAUACAUGCAUUUUUCUGGAAGUAGUUGAAUUAACUGAUGAAUAAGUGAUUGAUCAGUAAUUAAAUUUGGGAUGGCAUGUGUAAUGUGUAGGUCAGUACAAUUCUACCAGUUUCAGAGAAGGGGAUUGUAAAAAUGUAGAGUUUUUUCUUAUGAUGCACGGUCCAUUUACGUUAGAAGCUUAUGGACACUUAUCUGGGAAUAAGCCCCUGGAAUUUAGGGAAAUUUGUUUCAGAAUCACCCUGCAUUUAAAACACUAAUAUUCCUAGAUUGUUCUUUGCCUGAUCAAUGAUGUUGAUAAUAUAAGCAGAUAAUCAAGAGUUAACUGCUAUUCUACACAUAAUGAAAAAAAGAUGAUAUGUAUGCUACCUUAGAAAAACCAUUGCUAUUCUGUGACAGUAGCAUAGUGACUAGGGGCACUUGAAAUCUAUAGCUGCUUCUGGAUAAACUACACAUGUGUAAUUUUAUACUGUUAUGGCUCUUUGACAGCUGAAGAGAUUUACCUUGAGCUCAGCUGUGGUGUAAGAGAAACUGCUCUGAUAGUAGCUUUCAGCUGGAAGGGCUGGAGUUCUGCAGAGUUUGGAGGAUGGGUUUUUCCCCAUUACAGGAAUCUCUUCCCUCAUCCCAACCCUGAACUUCAGCCCCCCACUUCCCCCACAGGAAGAAUGCAAGGGGAAUGCUAACUUGACAUCUUUGCAUCUCUGCCUCAGUGGUCAAGGCAUAGGGAGCAGAGGUUUAUAUUGUCAGACUUCAGUCAGUUUUCCAUUUCUAUUAUCAGGGGACCAACCCUUACAAAGUUAGGCUACUAAAUUUUUAAAUUUCUUUUCAUUUUGUGUGGAGAGACAGUAUGUUUUUUUGGGGGGGGAGUUACUUGGUUGUUGCAGGUCCUUCAGAUAGGUGCUUAGGAUGGGGCAAUGAUUUUAGUUUCUUGUUGUGUUUCUGAGUCAACAUAAAUGAAGAUGAUUGUGGGUUGUUUUUGAACUGGUGAGUAGAAAUGGUAGCAUAGUGGAAGGGCUUUAGAAUAGGUUAAAUAAUUCACUCUUCAUUUAAUACAACUGUUUGUGUUUGGCAUGGAUAAUUAGUGAUAGUUCAUGGGAUAGUUUGGUAUGUGUGUGGAGGAUGGCUUUUUCCGUUUGAAGCAUUGGAUUAUAUAAUUAAUAUAAGGAAAUAACAGCCUGUAAGAAGUACAGAGAAGAACCUAGAGCUGAGAAAAGAAACAGCCAGUAAACACCUUUAGCUUUUUCAGGUUUCAGUUGCAAGAUUUAAUUAUGGUUUAGCUGCCAUUUACUUUCUGUCAUCUGUUUUAUAUUUCUUGAGAAACACAGAAAAACCUGCUUUCAUCUGAGAACCGUUUACAUAAGUGCAUAUGCAAAACCCAAGGCAGGGUUUAGAAGUUUAGAAGCAUUUGAAUAUAUAUCAACAGGAGAUGGAGAAUAAGUGCUACAUUCAGAACUUGCAGUUUGCAUUCCUACAGGAUUUCCUGAAUUGAAAAAUGAUACAUUCUUGCGAGCAGCACGAGGAGAAGAGACAAAAUACACCCCUGUUUGGUGCAUGAGACAGGCAGGAAGAUACCUGCCAGAAUUCCGUGAGACUCGAGCUGCUCAGGAUUUCUUUGAGACCUGUCGAUCACCAGAGACCUGCUGUGAACUCACUCUGCAACCUCUACGGCGCUUUCCUUUUGAUGCUGCCAUCAUCUUCUCUGACAUCUUGGUGGUGCCUCAGGCACUGGGCAUGGAAGUGGUAAUGGCGCCAGGAAAAGGCCCCACAUUUCCAGAACCAUUAAAGGAAGUGGAGGAUCUGCUGAAGCUUCGGCAGAGGGUCGAUGUGGCAAAAGAACUGGGCUAUGUCUUCCAGGCGAUCACGCUGACACGGCACAGAUUGGAGGGGAAGGUGCCUCUGAUUGGCUUCUCUGGUGCUCCGUGGACUUUGAUGUCCUAUAUGAUUGAAGGUGGUGGCUCCAACACAAUGGCCAAAGCCAAGGCUUGGCUCUACCGGCAUCCUGAGGCCAGCUAUCGUCUGCUCACUUUAUUGACUGAUGUGAUUGUGGAAUACCUGAUGAGACAGGUGGCUGCAGGUGCUCAGGCUCUGCAGAUUUUUGAGUCCCAUGCAGGACAUCUGGGGCCAGAGCAGUUUGCAGAGUUUUCCCUCCCAUUCAUUCGAUCCAUUGCUAAGGGAGUGAAAAAUAAGCUGCAAGAAAAUGCUCUCCCUGGGGUGCCAAUGAUCAUCUUCGCCAAGGAUGCACACUAUGCAUUGGAGGAUUUGGCACAAUCUGGGUAUGAAGUGGUUAGCCUGGACUGGACCAUAUGUCCCCGAGAUGCUCGCCAGCGGACAGGACAAAAUGUUACCUUACAAGGGAAUUUGGAUCCAUGUGCCCUAUAUGCAUCCAAGGAGAAGAUUGGGGAGCUGGCAAAAAGGAUGUUGGAAGGCUUUGGCUCCCAGCGCUACAUUGCCAACUUGGGUCAUGGCCUCUAUCCUGACAUAAAUCCAGAACACGUAGGGGCUUUUGUGGAUGCUGUGCACAUGCAUUCUUGCAAUUUGAACAAAUGUUCUUAGAGACUUGGAGAAAUCAGUCCUUAAACAAAAAAAGAAAAAAGGAAAGAAAUGGAUCAUCAUCUGCUAAGCAAAUGUUUCUGUUAUUGAGAAGUGGCAUCCUGGAAAGGAUCUCACUGUAAUAGCUACAAAGACUGCUGCAGGAAGCAGCAAAAGGAACAGGGGAGUGCAGGUUUUUCACAGCAUAUGUUAUCUUCCUCUCAGUUCCUUCUGCGAUAGCAGUAAAGGAAUAGAAAGUGGAUUCAUUAUGAAACAUAUAUUGCCCCAGGUAUAUACUUUUUAUCCCCAAAUUGCUCCCACUGAUUAUAGAGUUAAUCUGAGGGCCUCUGACAAUCAAUGAACACCUUUUUGUUAUAACUGAACUUCAUCUGCCCUUCUGCGCAGGAUUUGACUGUGUCUCUUCCUGCUUCCUACCCAUCUGUUCCAUGCAGCAACACUUUUUAUUCUGGCUGCUUCAGUAUUCAGAAGUGCCACCAGAGUGGUGCUGUUGAUGUGGGGGGACGUUCAAGGCAUCUGGAGAGAAGGAGUCACGCCUCAUGCAUAUGCCUGAAUGGUCUGCUUCUGCAGGUUAAGAACCCUGUGUCUGAGGAAGAGAUCAUCUGUCUGCUUUUAGCAUUUUUGCAAAUAUCUCAUUGAUACCAGUUCAGCUGGUCAUUGACUGAAUAAAUAUUAUUGAUUGAUUGACUGAUUGAUUGUUGAUACCGGAAAAGGAAGAAUCAUACCCUCCCCUUCCAGUUAAAGAUUAUGGAGCUGUAGACUCUUCCCAUCCGCAUCUCAGUGGCAGCACAGAUUGUCUUUGAAUGGCUAUCCUUUUCAUGAUUUCUGACUGGCAGCAUUACUGGACUGAUACCAAAAGGGCUGGAGUGAUACAAUGAAUGUCUUUUUUUUUUUUAUUAAACAUCAGAUCAAGAAGUUGUACAUACAAAAUAAAGAGACAGAAGAAUGAUA